AUGGCCCACCCACUGCCGCCGGGCCUCACGCCUGCAGAGGUCUCGUUCCUCUGCGAAAUGGAAAUGGUGACGGUCGUCCCGAGAGGGCGGCUCGACGGUAUAGAACUUCUCAGUGGCACAACUUCCUCCCUCCGACCACCACAUCGUGCCCAGCUUCCCCUUUGGCUUGCCCUACUCCUCAAGAAGCAACGCCGCGCCAACAUCGUGCCCCCAGCAUGGCUACACCCACUAUCACUCGCCGAGAUCAUCCGCCAAGAAACAAGAGAAGACGCGACGGCCUUCAGCAAACCACCCCCACCACCCGCAAGGGCUGACAGCCGCGGCGUCGCCCACCGCGUGAACACCUCAGCCCUAGGCAACGGCGACGACGCCAACCACGGCGGGACGCUCCUCUCGCCCCCCUUCCUGCCGAGCAGCACCGCCGAGGCGCCCGCCGGCUACCUGCCGUACCACUGGCUGGAGGCGGCCGAGAUGCUGCUGGCGCACGCGGCGGACGACAUGCCGGCGCCCGCGGGCGAGAUCAGGGGCCUGCUGCGGGACCUGGUCGAGGCGCGGGCGGCCAAGCUGCGGGCCGGCACGACGCAGCUCGAGCAGUUCGGCGGCGGCGUCAUGAACCUCCGCGGCGUGGGCGCUAUGGAGCUCGCCGAGAACAGGGGGUUCGUGCUCGGCGUCGUCGACGGCGUGCGGAGGCUCGGGGCCAGCGCCGAGGCCACGCGCCGCGAGGAGGAGGAGGAGGAGGGCCGUGGAGGUAAUGAGGACGAGGAGAGCGACGAUGACAUGGGGUUAUGA